AAUCUAGGCAAUGCUCGCAACUAUCUGACAAGGUACUCACCAAUCUCAUUCGGUGCCCAGAAGCUACGCCUUACUGCGGUCCAACAUUGCAUGCUUACGUAUUCUUUCCAGCCCAAGGCGACGCCUCGAGUGAACGAUUGGUCGGCAUUUGCAGCGCUUCAGGGCUUGCCCUCCUCAGAGAUCAGGCUGCUGCUCCAACGGACUGACGACGAAAUUGCUCGCGUCAUCUACCGACAAGGCAGGACUGCGAGACCGCUGCACUCUUUAUAAUGUCCUUCUCGUGGAAGAGCUUGAUAGGAGCCGGUGGAUCGAGCAGCAACAACAACAUAGCUGGCCCCAGCAGCGGACACGAUGAGUUGGCACACCUGUCUGGCGAAGCGCUGGACGCUGCGCUGGGUGGUGCUUGGGAAGAAGCGAUGGAAGAAGCCCGCUUGCUUGGAAUGCCAAAUUUCGGCAACACUUGCUAUGCGAACUCAGUUCUGCAAGCCCUCUACUUUUGUCGCCCCUUUCGAGAUUCGAUGCUUGCGUACGUCGCUGACGAAAGUGAGAAGCAGGCGCUGGGUCAGACAGUGGGCCCUGACGGGCGUUUCGUCGCGACGUCAGCGAAUGGUACCCAGGAGCAGGUGAUGGAUGGGUUCAGACUGCGGAUCGCAUCCGAGGCUGGGCCCAGUACGCCUCCGAUCUCCCCGCUUUCACAGGUACCUCCGUUCGAUGCACCCCUUGGGACCCCUUCUGGACGUGCAGCGAUGCGUCCGGCCACCGCAGCAGCAUCCACCGCCGCGCCUACGGCUCAUAAGCGGCAGAACAGCGGUACUUGGGGCUUCGGCGGUCGGGGAGGAGCAGGUGCGAAGAAAUCUAAACCACCUUCGCGGAAUCCGUCGCCCACGAGGCCGAACGGCAGUGCAGCAGGAGCAAAUGGUGUCACAGUCGCACCUGACGAUCCGACAGCGGCAAGAAAAGACCCCGAGAACCUAUUUGUAGCGCUCAAAGAACUCUUCAGCCUCAUUUUGUCCCAACCUGUCCCACUCAAAGAUGGACUAGCCGCUCUAGGCUCGGCGUCCGGCAGUGGAUCCAAUUCACUCGGCCGCAAAGCUUCGGGCCGACCAUCAACGGCGAAUGGCCGACUGAGCUCCGUCAACACGGGCUCAAGCGGUGGGGCUUCCACCGCAGGAGAGGCGGCUGGCACAGUGGACGCCAAGGCACUCAAGGCUUUCCUCGGUGCUCUGAAGAGAGAAAAUGCGCUUUUCAAUAGUUCGGCGCACCAGGACGCACAUGAAUUUCUCAACUUUACUCUCAAUCGCGUUGGCGAGGAGAUCGUGGCGCUGCAGAGAGAUGAGGCGAAGACGGAAAGGGGCAACGGAACGAUCAAAAGAUCCAGCAAGACGGCGCACAUACAGAUGAGAGAUGGCAGAGUGCUGGCUGGUCCUGAGAUCCAGAUCGACAACAAGGAGGAUGGCGGAGAGGCUCAGAAGAGCGUCAAGCACGUAGGUCAAGGCGGACAGACGUGCGUUCAUCGUCUGUUUGAGGGUACACUGACCAAUGAGACGAGAUGUCUCACUUGCGAGACGGUGACCUCGCGCGACGAGUCGUUCCUAGAUCUGUCCAUCGACAUUGAGCAGAACAGCUCGAUCACAUCCUGCCUCCGGCAAUUCAGCACCAGCGAGAUGCUCUGCUCGCGCAACAAGUUUUUCUGCGACACUUGCUCUGGUUUGCAAGAAGCAGAGAAGCGCAUGAAAGUCAAGCGAUUACCAAAUGUGCUGGCUCUGCAUCUCAAGCGCUUCAAAUACGAGGAAAAGCUGCAGAAGUAUGUGAAGCUAGCAUACCGCGUGGUCUUUCCUUUCUCCUUACGGCUCUUCAAUACAUCCGACGAUGCGCCGGACCCUGAUCGGCUUUACGACCUCUUCGCUAUUGUCGUUCAUUUGGGCUCAGGCCCGCACCAUGGGCAUUACAUCGCCAUCAUCAAGGUUGGCCGAAAGUGGUGCGUGUUUGACGAUGAGAGUGUCAAAUUCAUCGACGAGGCCGACAUUGCGCGUUACUACGGCGAUGCGCCUGGAACGGGCUCCGCCUACGUGCUCUUCUACCAGGCAAGAGAGCUCGACUACGCAGAUCUUGGGCUUCCGCGCCAUGCGCCGCUUGCGUGGGCUCCACCACCACCCCCGUCGAGCGUAUUGGCUGCAGCCGCGAGUGGCGCUGCCUUUGCGAACAGUAAUUCGGGCGCCCACGUGCUCGCUUCUUCGGCACCGUUCGUGGCCAACACGCCUCCUAUUAGUAUGCCCCAUCCAAACAUGACAACGCCGACUGCUGCGACGCCCAGUGGGAGCGUUGGCAGUAGCACCGGCUUCUUUGGACGGAGGCAGAACAGCGUCGCGGAAUCGGAUCGGCCGACACCGGGAUCGAUCGUGCCAGGAAACGCUUCGAUCGCCACAACAAGCUCAUCCGGUGGCUGGCUCAGCAGUCUUCGAGGGGCUCGCGACAAGAAGGCCUCGAGCGCUGGUGUGACUUCUCCAUCGACGGACCCCUUCAAUUCUCCUUCUGUCGUCAGGACAGGAGCCGACAACGUGUUGUCAGGCUCAGGAAUGGGCUUGGGGCAGGCGGAGCAGCACGAUGAUGCCGCAUCAGUCGGGACUAGCUCCACAGGCAGCGCUGCUUUUCGUGGACGAACAGGGCUGGAUCCGCUACCCGCAGCGGACAGUCGAAGAGGUAGCUCCACUUCCCCAGCGCCGCUCAAUCGGCAGCAUGAUUCGAGUUGGGAUUCUCCAGCUCACACGUCUUCUCCUCAGAAAGCUGCUAUCGCUGCGCCGUCGGGCUGGACCGCCGCUGCGGACCUGGAAAACAAUGCGGCCAGUGUGCCAGCUGUAACGCCGCCUCGGCCUCCUGUCGCGACUUUGCACCCUGCGGGUGCAGCUCACGGGACUCCUAAUUCACACGCUACCAGCACCGAUCCAGGCGGCGUCUCGCCUUCUGCGUCUUACGCAAACAUUGCGCCCCAAGGAGCAGCAUUUGCACCCGCAGAUAGGCCCUUGUCGAAGAAGGAGCAACAAAAGAUUGCCAAAUCGAGCAGGAGGUCGUCCACCCACGUGCACCCCAACGGUGUCGUUGUGCCAGGCAAUCUGGAUUCGAGUCCAGGUCAGAACAACGUCCCGCCUUUGCCAUCCCUUCCCAGCCAGAAUGUGGGAUCGGACAGCUCAGCGCCAAAGCGCAGGAGUACGCUGGGAGGUCGAUUCUUCGGCCGGGGCGACAAGGACAAGGGCAAGAAUUGAUGCACGCCGUACUUGAGGAUGCUUGUCUACUGUUGCGUUUAUACCAUCUUUGCAUUGCGCGCUCGCAUCAAUUGUAUCAGUACGCUGCUAGAGACGUCUGAGAACG